CCGGGGCGCGGCGCGGCGGGAGCCGCCGGAGGGGCGCAGGGCGCGGGCGCGGCAUGGCUGGCUGAGGGCGGCGGGAGGAGCCGCCGCCGCCCGGCGCCGCUCCCGGCCGCGCUCGGUGCGUGUGCGAGCGCCCGCGUCAAUGAGCGAGUGCAUGGCGGAGCCCCGCGCCGCACCAUGAGGCGCCGGCCGAGCACCGCGCUCGCCCUGCUGUGCCUCGCCGCCCUCCUGGCCGCCGCCACCGCCGCGCUGCCCGCCAGCGCCGCGCCGCCCGCCGAGCCCGGCAGCGGCAGCGGCGGCCCCGCUGAGAGCAGCCUGGGCACGGUGCCGCCCGCACGGCCCCGCGGCACCGCCGCGCCCGCACGGGGCAGCCCGGCGCCGCCGCCGCCGCCGGAGGAGGAGGAGGCGGUGGCGGAGGAGGAGGAAGAGGAGCAGCAGGAGGAGGAGGAGGCGGCUGCGGACAGCGGCCCCGCAGGGGACCUGUGCAACUGCAGCUCGGUGGGCAGCGCCGGAUGCAACCGCACGACGGGGCAGUGCCACUGCCUGCCUGGCUACGCGGGGCCACGCUGCCACAGCUGUGCCCACGGCUUCUUCCCCCAGCAGGGUGGCCAGCAGUGCCAGCCCUGCAGCUGCAGCCCUGCUGGAGCCACCAGUGAGCAGUGUGACCACUCUGGGAAGUGCCAGUGCAAAGUUGGUGUCACAGGCCUGAAGUGUGACCAGUGCAGUGAGGGCUACUACAGCUUCAACGAGAGCACGUGUGAGCCCUGCCAGUGCCACAACCUCUCCCACACCUGCGACAGCUCCACGGGCACCUGCCUGGACUGCCAGGAGAACACGGAGGGGAAGCACUGUGAGCUCUGCAAGGAGGGUUUCUAUCGGAGCACCCAAACUGCCCACGGCUGCCAGCACUGCCCCUGCUCCACUGUGGCAUCCACUGGCACCUGCCACUUAGAGCCUGGCGAGAGCGUCCCGAGGUGUGACAAGUGCAAACCAGGGUACACUGGCCUCAACUGCAACCAGUGUGACAAGGGCUACUACAACUCAGACAGCAUCUGCAUGAGGUGUGAGUGCAACGGGAACGUGGACCCCGCGCUGUCCCCCAGCGUGUGCCGGCCGGACAGCGGCGAGUGCAUCGGCUGCCUGUACCACACCACGGGCUUCCACUGUGAGCUCUGUCAGGAGGGCUACAGCAGGGACUCCGAGGGCACCAACUGCACCAGGAAAGAAGCCACUCUUGGCCCAGAACCAAGGGAGUUUACAACUUCUGCUCCAGAUACCACCAAGGCCACAUCCUUUUCCACGGCAGUGCUAAACAGUACUUUGUCACCAACAACUCUACAGACAAUAUUUCCUAUAAGCUCCUCUGACAACAGCACCUCUGCUUUCGCAGAUGUUUCGUGGACUCAGUUUAACAUCAUCAUUUUGACAGUGAUCAUCAUUGUUGUGGUCCUACUAAUGGGCUUUGUGGGUGCUGUCUACAUGUACCGUGAGUAUCAGAACCGAAAACUUAAUGCUCCUUUUUGGACCAUUGAACUCAAAGAGGACAACAUCAGUUUCAGCAGCUACCACGACAGCAUUCCCAACGCUGACGUGUCGGGGCUGCUGGAAGAUGAUGGCAAUGAGGUGGCCCCGAAUGGACAGCUCACGCUGACGACUCCCAUGCAUAAUUAUAAAGCUUAGAAGUCAUCCAGCUAUUCCAAAGUUUGCUUCUCAAAAAAGUUACAGGGCUUGUGGAAGGGGUGUCAGGAUCCGUGCCAAGGCUCCACGCAGAGGAAUUUCUCUUCAGAUACUCUCUGGCGCAAGGCGUGCUGUAGCUUGCAGGUGAACAGGAGACAGUGUAGAGCACCUGAAUUUCAGGUAGUGUGGUGAGAUGCAUUCAGUGUUCUCCAUAAAGAUCCAUAGAAUUCACUGUUGUUGUAAACUGGAUUAUGCUGAAUUGAAACUUUUUUAAGAAGAGGUGGUGGGGUGGAGAGAGCAGAACCCGAUGAGGAGUCAGAAGCUACUUGGUUUCCAGCCAACCCAACACUUGUGUCUUCAUCCUUUAGUUUGAUAAGUAGCUCAUGAAUUAACAGUGGAAUUUCAGGAAACAGAUCUUUGGAAAGGCAUCAUCUUCAUUCCUGACAGAAACUUAUUUGAAAAGGAGAACAAAAAAAAAAAGGGAAGUAAUUGUUCACUGUACUACCAAAAGGCAAGUAGGAGGAGUGAGUUGCACACUGAAAAAGUCACCAUUAUCUGUUCCCACUAAACGGGAAAUGGGAAAAAAAUCCUAAGAACAUUUGAGUUAGGGAAGAGACUAAGCUUUUCCCUUUCUGAGUAUUUAUACAGGGUGAUGAUGCUAUUAAGACAUAGCAAUCCAUUUUUUUCUAGAAGGAGUUAAUGAACUUGUAUAGUUUCUUUGCAAGGGAAGACGACAAGACAUCUCAGGGUUGCCAUGUAAAAAUAAAAGCCAGGCUUAAUACCCUACCCUGAUAGAAAUGGUGUGUUCUGUAUAUAAAAUGUAAUAUAUCUUCUUGGAAUUGUAUUUGUAAUUAUUUGUAAAAAAGACAAGCAACCGACUGACCAACCAAAAAAUCCCCAACAACAAAACCAUGAGCCCCUCCCCAACCUCCCCCACUCCCCAGGUCAUGUUUUAUCCUCUAGGUUUUAAUUGUACAGCGGUUAGUGACGUUGUUUAAAAAAGAAAAAAUCAUGAGGAUUGUUUAAAAUACUGUAAAUGAGAUGGCAAUAUUGUUGGAGCUGGGCCUCUAGCAAACACCAACUGCUUAAAGCUUUUCUUCCACUAUCAUUGAAUAACUUCUUUUUUUAGAGAAAAUGUGAGUGCUCCCUACUUGUAUCUGUCAAAUUUUGCCAUUCCUUCAAAUACAGAGUCAAUACCUGUGUUGCCAUGACUAGGGCUGAGUAGGUGUUCAAAAAUUCGAUGCACCAAUGUGUUCCUUGCUUUUAAGUCUCUCUACAAAAUGCAAAUACACUGUCACAAACACUCUGAGAGCCUGGGCUCACUGGCUGAGGUUCUCCCAGGUGGGUGCUCCUCGUGUGGAGGGAUCCCACUGCCAUCCCUGCUGAGCUGACACGGCAGCAGGGUCGUGCUGGAGGGCUGAGCUCAGCUCCCUGGCCUCCUGAGGGCCAAAAGCAAAGGUCUCCUGGAUUUGGGUGGAAACAGCUUUGGGAUGAAGAGCUCACAGGACUCGAUGUGCGCUUCGAGGCUCAGAAGGUAAAAGGGCACAGAUGCUUUCAGAAUUUAAAGUAGCACAAGGUGGUGGUGGUGGGGAAUCAGCUGUUAGAAAAACACUGCAGGGAGCAGGUUUUACAGAUUCCCCUGGUUUUGGUGGGAGGCUGGUGGGCUGUUAGCAGAGAGAACAACUCACAGGCAGCACUGCACAGGGAGGUCACCCCUGGAGCUCCUGGGUUGGUACCUGCAGUGUGUGUGCCUCAGGGCAGGGGCUGUGCCAUCUCUCCCACGCCUGGAAAUUAAACUACUGCAUGGAAACAGGGCAAGAAACAAACAUUUCCUCUCACUCUUGCCCAGCCUCAGAGCUCCAGCUGUGUUGCCGUGUGUGGUGGGGCAAUGGUGAUACAGAAGCUGGUGGAUGUGUCCUCUGAACUAGGAAAAAGGGAAUAUUUCUCCAGAUGAGAAAUGGUAGAAAGAAAAUGUUGGUUAUUUAUUUGUUUUUUGGUGCUGUGAGGAGGUUUCUCUUAUCUCUGGAAACUCGGCAGGGGGUAAGUAGGUGAUUCAAACACAUGCUCAAAGAUGCCAUUUCUUCCUCAAAAACUUGCUGCCUGAUUUAAACUUGAGGCAUGGCGAGUGAGAAUGCAAAUUGUUGAGGAUGACCAAGGGAAAUGGUGAGGGCAGAAUCUAGAAUUGCAUAUAGCCCCAAGCUGAUGGAAAAAAGCUGAUGGAAAAGCUCCCAUUGCCUGCAGUGGGCCAGGGUGAGGUCCCAGACUUCAGGUAAUAAAUCUGGCUCGUGUCAUUCAGAGCUGUGUUACUUUUAGCUAUAAAAUGGGGGAGGACUGGAGGAGAGAAUCUGGAUAUUGCUAAUCCUUGAGUUACUCAUCAAACUUUUAAAGAGCAGGGUGGUGACAAAACAGAAAAUUUCCUGGAAGUUGUAAUUAUUUAGAGGUGCUGAUUUAGUGAUACACUUGCACUUGGUCACUUCAUGGGGUGAGGAAAAGCAAUUUAGGAAGUGUUGGCUUCUGGGACUGAUGCUAGCAAGCAAAUCGAAGGACAGGCUGUUCACUUUAUUAUUUCUAAAAUACUUCAGCAGAUUUUUUAAUCUCUGCCACAAAACACCUCUUCCCUAAAUUUUGCUGUGACUGUGGGCUGCUUUGUAACAGGAACAGGCUUGGAUUUUGUCUCACUGUAGAACUAGGGACCAUCUGCUCCAGCAGAGCGUGGGCUCAGGUGCUGAGCCCUCCUAGUCCCUGCCUGCCACAGCACAGGAGGUGUUGGCACCUGGGCUGCUUCUGACCUCCAAAGUAAUCCAGAGGCUUUGUGUUUGGGAAGAGGAGGAGUCAGGAUGCCCUGCAGGGUGGGACAGCUGCUGCCUGUGGAUUGCACAGCUGGAUGAAGGGAUGGAGACAGCCUGGAAACAUGAUGGGAAGCUUGGUUGGGUGGGGUGACCUGGCUGCCCAGAUUUGGAUGGCACAGGAUCUUCCUGAACAGGGAGCACAGUGAGGAUGUGGCACUGGCACCGUGCUUGUCAAAUGGCAGAAUGACACAGCAGCCACCUCCUGCCAGCCAGGCCCUGGCACACAGGAGCAACAGUAAUAAAAGGAGAUCAAUGCCUCAGCAGGGAAAGAAUAAACAGCUUCAUGUUUGCCUUUGGUGAUGUGAGAUCAGAUGAUCCGUGCUCUUAUCAGUUCCCCACCAGGCACCACAGGCGGGGAGGAAGCUGAGCUGGUCUCCAGUCCCCUUGGGUUGGAUGGUACCUGGAGGGGUGGCAGAGCUCAAACACUUGUGCCAGGGUGCUGAGGCCACCAGCACCAUGCUGUGUGUCAUCGCUUGUCCUGAGGCUCCCCAGGGGCUGAGUUGGUCCUGAGGGUGGGGUAAGGGCAGGAAAACCAGAAGUGGACUCUCAGGGCUGUUUUGAGGCCCAGCUGAGCAGCCAGCGAGGCCAGGGGAGGGCAUCUUGGUGACUUGUGGGGCUGAGGUGACAAUCCAGGUACACGUGGUGUUCCUGGUAGCGCCUUGUGCCUGGGAACGCUGCCCAGCUGCAGAGCUGGGCUGUCACAGAGAGGGGCACUCGGGGCAUGGGACAGCAGCUGCAGAGCAGAGAGGAGGUGUGACAGGGCAGGGGCUGGUGGAUGUGGGAAAGCAGCUCCAGGCACCAUCCCUGGCAGGGUGAGGGUCUGGCUGGGGCGAGUCCAGCCCGGCAGUAAAGGCAAAGGGACAGAAGGAGCAGAUGAAGGGCACAGAGCUGGGGUGGGGCAGGGCUCAGGGCAGCCUGCAGAGCUCUCAGCUUGGGGGGGCACUUGGAGUGCAACAGGCAUGCAGAAAAGUGGUUGAGCUAAUGAGGAGAGAUGAUCUCCAACCUCGUGGACCACUGUAGCUGGAAAUAGCUAUGAGGAGCACUAGCCCUGGGGAGCUGUCAGGAGAUGUCAGCCACUGGAAUGAUAAUUCCCUUGGACCAGACUGAGCAAACUUAGCAGGCAUUUAGGAAAGAGGAGGGGAUAUAUCCAGCAUCCUUCAGGUAUCCUGGGCUAGUUAACCACUGCUGUGCAGCAUCAUCCUCUUCAGUGUUACAGGCAAUGUAAAUGCGGCAGAAAGUUUGCACAGUCUCCUUUAAAUAAAGGAUAUAAAAAUAGUUUUCUCUUUAAAGUGAAGUUUUAGAGUGAGCUCCCACAGGACUCUGCUCUUUAUGUGUCAGAGGAAUGGAUUAAAAUAAGAAAAAUGUGGGCCUUAAAAGUUGUACUUGCUCCCAUCUGAAACCCAUCAGUCUCACUCUGCAUCCAAAUACGGUGUCUCCCAAGCAUAUGCUAUGCUUACAAAUGCAUUUCUAAAAAGAAAAAAAAAAGUGUAUGAUUUGAAUAUAUGUCAGAAUUUAUACAGAAGAAUGUUAUUUAAAAUGAAUAAAAAUAAAUGUAUAUAAUUUGUAUCUAUGCCACUUGGA